UUCUCACCCACGGAGGCCGUCGACCUCACCUUCCUCCGUGUCGUCGUCGUUGCGGACGGAGGAGCGGACUGCCACUGCCAAACCCACUCACCCCAGUCAUUCGUUCCGGGAGCAGCAGCGCGACAGCAAGCAAACCGACGCGGCAAUCACGCAGAUGCAGCUCCCGCUCGACGCGUCCAACCACAGGCGGUGAAGCGAUCAGGUACCACUCGUGCGUUGUUCAGGAACAGGACCGCACCCAGCCGUACCACUCCAGCCCGUCGGCCGCACAGCAUCGCCAUCUGCGCCGAACAUCAUCCCACCUCCUGGCCUCGCCCCGCCCGCGAGCGGCGCACCAUGCGCCAACGAGAGCACGGCACCUCCAGCGACGAUCACGGCGAGCUGGCCACCACCGACGAGUCACGCACCGGGCAUCAACACUCCACGCAGCACGCGCAUUAUGCAGAUCCAGACCGCACACAUUGCCACUCCCAGUCCUUCUCGCAGCAAUUAAUCCGCAUCGCUCCUGCCACCGCGCUAUGCGCAUUGCUCGCCGCCAGCAUCCCCUCCGCCAUGGCUCAGAAUGGCUGCAUAUCGCUGGCCGGCUCAACGGCCUGUCCGGCAUUCAGCAGCGCAUCCAUCUCGACCGACAGCAGCAUUGUCGGACUGUUUCCGUUUCUCAGUAAUGUUCAAAACGUCUCGUCCUUCGACUCCGGUAUCGCGGCAUACAUUGAUGGGGAUUUUACACAAUUACGAUACCAACAACUAAUCGGGUGCACCAAUGUUGACCGAGGGAAUACAUCGGACUUUUACGCGCGAUACACCACCAGCGUCCUCUGUAAUGCAAUAAUACAAAACUCCAUCGACGCCUGCGGCCUCUCCGGAACCGCGACGCGACCACUGUGCGCCGACUCUUGCGCCGACUAUGCCCAGAGCGAGCAACGCAUCGCCGCUAGCAACAUCUGCGGCACUGCAGGCCCCAAUGCGCUCACUCAAAUCCGUGCCGACUUCACGAAUUGCGCCUUGCCUGCUAACUCCAUAACAGGAGCUUGCAUUCAGGCAGUCGACAAUCAGCCCAAUGACUGUGGAUUCACCGAGAACCUUUCCGGACUCUGCUCAUACUGCUCCGCGAGCUCACCAAACGCAACGGAUUCAUGCUGUGUCUUCUCAAAAACGACGGAACGAUGCGAAGGCGUCCAGCUGCCUGUGAUAGCAUCAGCCUCUCUCGCUCCAGUCACAGUCACCUUGACUCCGGGAGUGGUUGCAACGAGCAGCUCUGGAGCAGGGAGCGGGCACCACAACGGACUCACUGGUGGUCAGAUAGCAGGUAUCGUUGUUGGUAGUGUCCUCGGCGCCAUCCUCCUGCUCGGUCUGAUCAUUGGUGGAUGCCUGUUGUUCAAGAGGCGAAGAGACAAUAGCCCUGUUUCAAGCGUCUUCAACCAGCCUUCGCCCGCCCGGCGGCAGCAAGAGAUGGACUACAACGAUGGUACAGGAGACUAUCAUGGGAAUGGAAUGGCAGUCUUGGGUGGAGGACGUGUUGCUCGCAUGUCCGCACUGGAGAGUGCAGGCCACAACCAUCAUUACGCCAUGGGACGUUACUCAAAAGACAUCUCCGAAGAAGAGGCAACCCCAGAUUCGAGACUUGCUCCACCUCCGAGGAAGCGAAGUGGCUCUCUCUCAAGUGGAUCACAACUUGGCAUUGUCGGCGCUGGUGCUCAAGACACUUCACCCAGUUCAGGCGGAGAGUUCACCUCACCUGAAUCCAACGGACGAAGCGAGCAGCUCGCCUUCUUCAAGGACUACUACUCACAAGAUGAGAUCCACCCAGGUGACCUGGUAUCGACGCUAUGGGCCUACGAACCUCGCGCUGGCGACGAGUUCCAGCUGGAGCGAGGAGACAUGAUCAAAGUCAUCGGAAUCUGGGAUGAUGGCUGGGCCACCGGUGUUCGCGUCAGGCAACGCGCAGAAGACUGGCGAACAAGCGGAAAUAUACAACGUGACAGCGGGCUGAGCACAGCUCCUGGAAGCCGAGAUCAAACCCCGGGCGAAGAGGGCGAAGUCAAGGCUUUCCCGCUUGUUUGCGUCUGCUUACCGGCACACUGGAAGAAGACGAUCGAGGGCGACUCGACAGAAGGAUCCGGCCCAGCUGUCUUUCCCGAACGAGGAUGAUCAGUGAUCAAAUCAAAUCAAUCAGAAAUGGCAUAUGGUUACGAUGUUACGGCAUAGCGCGAGGCGUCUUACACUCUUUCCGCAAUCGGACAGGCACUUCCGUGCAGCGUCUCUUUCCUACUUACGAUCUACUGCUUUUUGUUCCCGCUUUUCAACUUCUCAACAACAUCAUACAAGAUGCGCCGAAGAUUGCGCAAUCCUUAUGUUGCUUUAUACCCCGAGUCUAUGGCGGAGGCACCACGUCUUCGCGAGCUCAGCAAUUUUUUCGCGCUGGAUUUUCCUGGAUGGAAAGAGGAGGCUGGAGGGAGGGUGGUCAGAGGGCUGCGGACGUGAAGGGUAGGAUCGGCAUAUCAGGCAGAGUCACGAGACGACAACACAGGCGAAGAGGGUCUGCAGAUCUUGGCUACUCGCACGGCAGGGACAACUGGCAGCCUUUCGACGUUGAUGACUCGAAAAGAGAAUGCAUGGCCGUCACACCGCACGCUCGUUGUCCGUCUCCCGUUCAUGGACCAUUCACAACCGGCCCGAAUGAAGGCUGCGUGGGAUACACCUUUGCGAUACCCCUUCAAUGGUCAGGCAGGCAGAUGCAGAGCAGAAGCGCGAAAGGUCAAAACUUGUACAUAGUAGAAACAGACAAAUGGCAAAAUGUGAAAGAAC